AGGACAUGGGACCGUGAAAGUAUGGCGGAUGCCGAGGAGCCGGAGAAGAAAAGAAGGCGAAUAGAGGACCUGACUGAGAAAAUGGCUGUUGAAAGCGGACACAAGGACAGUGAAUGGGAUGGCCGCUGGAAUCACUUGAGGAAGUUUUUGGAGAGGCCAGGCCCGUUUACCCAUCCUGACUUUGAGCCAAGCACUGAGUCCUUGCAGUUUUUGUUGGAGACAUGCAAAAUUUUGGUCAUUGGUGCAGGAGGACUUGGGUGUGAACUCCUUAAAAACCUGGCUCUGUCCGGGUUUCGCCUCAUUCAUGUGGUUGACAUGGAUACUAUUGACGUGUCGAACCUCAACAGGCAGUUUCUUUUCAGACCCAAAGAUGUUGGAAGACCUAAAGCUGAAGUAGCUGCCGACUUUAUCAACAAUCGUAUCCCAGGAUGCAAAGUAGUCCCGCACUUUAAAAAGAUCCAGGACUUUGACGAGUCUUUUUACAGGCAGUUUCACAUCAUCGUCUGUGGGCUCGACUCCAUCAUCGCCAGACGUUGGAUAAAUGGAAUGCUGAUAUCCAUCCUGAGCUAUGAAGAUGGCAUCCUGGAUCCCAGCUCCAUCGUCCCCCUCAUUGAUGGAGGAACGGAGGGCUUUAAAGGCAACUCUCGCGUCAUUCUGCCAGGCAUGACUGCAUGCAUCGACUGCACCCUGGAGCUGUACCCACCACAGAUAAACUUCCCAAUGUGCACCAUUGCAUCUAUGCCGAGGCUGCCAGAACAUUGCAUUGAAUACGCUCGAAUUUUGCAAUGGCCCAAAGAAAAACCUUUUGGAGAGACAAGUUUAGAUGGAGACAAUCCUGAACACAUCCAGUGGGUGUUUAAAAAGUCCCAAGAAAGAGCAGCGGAGUUUAACAUCACAGGAGUGACGUACAGACUCACGCAGGGAGUUGUGAAGAGGAUCAUUCCCGCUGUGGCAUCAACUAACGCUGUUAUUGCUGCUGCUUGUGCAACUGAAGUGUUUAAAAUUGCUACAAGUGCGUAUAUUCCCUUAAACAACUACCUCGUCUUCAACGAUGUGGAUGGACUUUACACCCACACGUUUGAAGCUGAGCGAAAGGAAAAUUGCACGGCGUGCAGCCAGGUACCUCAGGAUCUCCAGUUCCCUCCUUCUGCCAAACUACAGGAGGUUUUGGAGUACCUGACGGAGAACGCCUCGUUACAGAUGAAAUCACCUGCCAUCACCACAACUCUAGAAGGAAAGAACAAAACGCUGUAUCUGCAGUCUGUGAAAUCCAUCGAAGAACGUACAAGGCCGAACCUCUGCAAGACGUUGAAAGAGCUGGGUUUGUCAGACGGGCAGGAAAUAGCUGUAGCCGAUGUCACCACCCCCCAGACAGUUCUCUUUAAAAUCAACUUCACUGCUUGAACGUCAAAUAA